AUGCCUUCCUGGCCCAACAGCAACGAGUCAUCCGACGAUGACGAGUACAUGAACGAGUACAGCAGCAUGCAGAUGGAGUAUUUUCAAACUCCUGACACGGUGAUAGACCCAAGUUUCUGUGGGCUUGUGGUUGAAUCUGAGCGUAAGUGCAUCCUGCAUAGGCAGAGGCCAGGCAGGUUUGUGGCAUUUGAAGGCACUGACACUGGGAGGAGAUUCAUUGGAUGUGCUACUACGACAAACAUUGAUUUGUAUGAUGGUGUGAACCGUCGUGUUCUAGAGUGGGUAGAUGCCCCUUGGCCAGUAAUUCUGCAAAGGUGUUUAACCAAGCUGUGGGAUAUGUAUCAUGAGGAGAACCUUAGUAGAGUCCAGGACAAAGAGGCUUAUGGGAUAGAGGUUGCAAAACUGAAGAAGGAGCUGGAUUCUCUUGGCAAUCAGAUGGGCAGAAAUCCCAUGACAUGGGUUACACAAGCCAUGCAAUCAAUGGAGAAGAAGCAACAACUUGAGGAGUAG